AUGUACAUCUUGAAUGAUGCUGUUCUUGAGCUUAUAUUUACUCUAGAGAAGUGCGAUUCCCAAGAACCUCUUUUGGGUUCAAGCAAUCAACAUAUCAAAAAGGAUGCAAUCAAAUUGGUCGAACAAAAUGGAAUAGAGGAUGCACUUGAAUUACUAAAUCGAUGUAUUGAGAUGGGAACAACCUAUGGAUCAGCUUAUAAUAACAUGGUAAAGCUAUAUCGUAUGCUUCACGAAAAUAUUGAGGCUAUACAUGAUGUCAACAAAGUAGUUUCACUGGAAGAAGAACAAUCUAAGGCUUACAUCCAGCGCGCUAUUCUUAAAUGUCAGGAUGGAGAUAUUUUGGGAUCAAAAGUUAAUUUUGCAAUAGGUCCAAAGUAUGGAAACGCAUUGCUCAAAGCAUCACUAUUCAAGAUAACCCAUAUGUCAAGAUGUGCAACCAAGUUACACUCCAAGCAAUGA